AUGUCUUAUCUCUCUUCUUUACGGCUCACACCCGUCAAAGAGACAGAUCGUAGUGGAAAACAGAUAAAAGCAGAGGUGUCGGCACUCUGCCUAAGCAAUUCUGGCUCGAAACUCGUCACGGCGCGUCUGGACAAAUCAAUUAAAGUUUGGCGUGUCACUGGGGGUUCUAUCUCUGACGCCGUCACUAUUGAAAAUGGCCAUGGCAGAGGUGCCACAAGCAUUUGCUGGAAUCCAAGCACCGAGCUGAGCUUUGCGACGGCUGGUCUUGAGCCUCUGGUGAAAAUAUGGACCCCCUUGGGUCGUUUGGAAAGGGAGGUUGCCGCUACAGGCCGGUGUAAGUUGGUCCAAUAUUCUUCCGAUGGUAGGUAUUUAGCUGUCGGAAAUGACAACCGCAAGGUCUUUAUAUAUUCUGUGCUAGCUGGUUAUGGCAAGGUGGCUGAAUACGACGCUGAAAGCGAUGUGAACGAUAUCAAGUGGUGUAAUCAGGGCAGCGAGAUACUUGUUUUGGCACUCCAGAGUGGAGCCGUCCAAUUGCUCAAUUGGAACGGAGAGCACAUAUCGGAGCUCCGCAAGCUUACUUGUAGGUUUCCCGCUACCUGUGUAAUGUUCGAUGUCCAAGGAAGGUAUGUUGCUGCUGGCUCUCAAGAUGGCCUGGUCUACUUCUGGAGAACAGAUGACCUCAUCUGUGUGAAAGUUUUACAAUCUACUGGUCUGGACAUUUGCAGUUUAACCACAGAUAAGGAAGGUGUGUAUAUCUGUGUGAGUUUCGUUGGGGAUUGCUCCUCCAAGGUGUAUGACUACGAGUCGUUGGAGCAGGUUCACGACCUCCAGGACCUGCGAGGAUUGCGUCUGAGAAAUGCUGUGGCCUGGUUUCCUAGUAAGUUUAUGUUCAUAUCAACGCAAGAUCGGGGUCGCACGAUCUCCUUCACCAAAAAGGACCGAGUCGAAGACCGCAGGCAAGACGACAAUGGGCCAGAUGAUCGCAGGAGAGACGACCGAAGAAGAGAUGACCGGCGCGCACGGUAA